CUGUAUAUUUUAUCUGUAGUAAAAUAAUGACCACAGUUAAUCUCCACUUAUUGCAUGUAUCACCAUAAGGACCAUAAAGUGUUCAAUAUGAAGCACCAGAACACUUGUCACAUGAAAUGCAUAUUCACAGGAAGAAGCAUUUUCAUGGUUUUGAUUUGACACUGGAUCAUACUGUGUACAAAAAGAGAGAACACACUAGCUUGUUUGCUGAAAUAGGAAACAUUCACUAGCCAUCUUGUGAAAGACUCAGAGAAUUUGAGGUCAGAACAGAUCAAGCUUAGCAAACUCCUGCAGCUUGGUGAAAAGGUGGGAAGCAGCACAUCCAAUUCUCCUUCUGUCUUCAUGGCUGCACUCAGUCAACUCCUCCUCAGCAGCUUCCUUCAUUUCACCUCUUGGGACUCUCUCUCCAUUUCACCUCUUCACUUGACUUUCCAGUUCUGUACAACCUCCCACACUCAAACCCGGCGGUACCCAACCCAGUUUCCAGAAGCUCCUCCCUCGAGUGCUGGACAUUCUUUACUCUGCCUGUCCUCGGUGGGGAUAUGCACAUUUGACGCUGUUCUCCUUCCAGUCCCUCCCACGGUGGAUGUCGCCUCGAAAAUCCACGCAGGGCCCAUACCCUGCCGCAUAACUUCUGGGCACGACUUUCCACAGCCCUGCGCGCUGCCAAACCUCCUCUUAGCGCGCUGCGCACGGGCACAAACCCAGUGCAGCAUCUCCAGCUCUUUCAGCAAAAUUCAGAAGUGAAGGUCAUCCCAGCCUUUGCCCUGAGUUUCCAGGGUGCCCCGCAGCCAGACCUGUCGCUACCUGUUGCCUCUCAGUGGGCUCCGCUGCGCUCCCGGGCGGCCGCGCUUCCCCACCGCCCUUCCCACCCCGGACAAGCGUUGUGCCCCGGAGGCAGCACCGACCCCGCCGCCACUCGUGCGGAGCCGCCCGGGCUGCGGCUGGGGCGGGGAGCGGCGCGGCGAGGCCGGGGGCGGAGCGGAGCGGAGCUUCCUCCGCCGUUUCCUGCCGCCGCCGCCGUGCCCGCCGCCGCCCGCCGCUCCUAAGCAACAGAUGCGGGUGAAAGAUCCAUCAAGAACCAACCCUGAGAAGCCCAAGAGAAGCAAAAGGCCUAACAGGCCACAGGAUGAGGACUCUUCAGAUGAUAUUUCAGGGCUAACCUGCCAGCAUGUGAGCCAGGCAGUGGACGUGCAUCAUGUGAAGAGAGCGGUGGCUCAGAGCGUGUGGUCAGUCUGUGCGGAAUGCCUGAAGGAGAGGCGGGUGAGCGACGGUGAGCCCGGGGCACCUUCAGACAUCUGGCUGUGUCUCAAAUGUGGCUUUCAGGGAUGUAGUAAAAAUUCAGAAGGCCAGCAUUCUCUGAAACACUUCCAAACUGCACGCACAGAACCUCAUUGCAUCGUUAUCAACCUGAGCACAUGGAUCAUAUGGUGUUACGAAUGUGAUGAAGAGCUGUCAACGCAUUGCAACAAAAAGGUUCUGGCUCAGAUAGUUGACUUCCUUCAAAAACAUGGUGCCAGGGCUGAACCAAGUUCAUCAAAAAUCAUACGUCUUCGUGAAGAAAACAGUGAAACAAGUGAAAUACUGAAAGGAAAAAGCUCUGGUAACGUUGCAUCAGUUCCAGUUAAAGGAAUAAAUAAUUUAGGAAAUACCUGCUUUUUUAAUGCUGUCAUGCAGAACUUGGCACAGACUCACGUACUAAAUGAACUGAUGUAUGAGAUAAAGGAGAAAGGAACAAAGUUAAAAAUCUGUCACAAUUCAGAUUCUCAACUGGAUCCUUUGGUGGUAAACCUGUCCAGCCCGGGACCUUUGACUUCAGCAAUGUUCUUGUUCCUUCACAGCAUGAGGGAGGCUGGAAAAGGUCCUCUGUCUCCCAAAGUGCUGUUCAGCCAGCUUUGUCAAAAGGCUCCUCGAUUUAAGGGGUUCCAGCAGCAGGACAGCCAGGAGCUUCUGCACUAUCUGUUGGACGCAAUCAGGAUCGAGGAGACAAAACGUAUACAAACUGGUAUCUUAAAAGCAUUCAAUAACCCAACUACUAAGACAGCAGAUGAAGAAACUAGAAGAAAAGUCAAAGCAUAUGGAAGAGAGGGUGUGAAGAUGAACUUCAUAGAUAGGAUCUUUGUUGGUGAAUUGACUAGCACUGUCAUGUGUGAGGAAUGUGAAAAUAUUUCAACAGUAAAAGAACCUUUCAUUGAUCUUUCACUUCCUAUAAUAGAGGAGAGGGUUGCAAAACCUGUGCCCUUGGGAAGAACAGGUAAAAGUAAAAGUGUACAGGAGGCAGAUCUUGGUCAGUAUAAUUGUUCUUCUAUCGGUACUCUGAAUAAUCAACCCAAAAUUGUCAAGAAACACACUUUAACAAAAGAUAAGAAUCAGUUGAACCAUGAGAGACGGCUUGCCAGAAAAGCUUCCUCAAAGGAAGAAGAAAGAAGUCCUGUUAUCAUGCAGGAAAAAGCCAAAAAGCUUGAGCUGGAAGGUGGCUCUGGUGUCCUGUACUCCAAAGACCCCUGUGCGGAGGCGGCUGUCAAUGGAAGCCAGACGGAGGGCAGUGAGAAGGAAGCCAGCCGCUCUGAGAGCAGCUUUGAUGCAGACAGUGAAGCCUCAGAAAGCGAAAGUGCUUCUAAGCAAACAACUUUGAGCCCACCCAGCAGCGUGUCUGGUGUGCACGUCAACCACUUAAACCCCAAAACACCGCACAACAAGCCAAGCGACAGCAGCGAAGAGAUGAUUUCCAGUUCCAUAUCCAAGCUUAGCUUCUGUGAUCCUGUAAAUGAAGAUAAAAAAUCAAGUUGUGGAGAUCCAGCACUGGGUUUAUCAAAUAAUUCCAUGUUCUCAGUAGGCAAAUCCUCACUAUCCCAAAACCCUCAAAAUGCUUUCCAGACACUUUCCCAAAGCUACAUAACUAGCUCAAAGGAAUGUUCUGUUCAGUCCUGCCUUUACCAGUUCACCUCUGUGGAGCUCUUAAUGGGGAACAACAAGCUUUUAUGUGAGAGCUGCACAGAAAGGAAGCAGAAGUAUCAGAAGAAAACCAAUUCUACAGAAAAGAAAAUGGAAGGUGUCUACACAAAUGCUCGGAAACAGCUGCUGAUUUCUUCAGUUCCUGCUAUUCUUAUUCUCCACCUGAAAAGAUUCCACCAGGCUGGUUUGAGUCUACGGAAAGUAAAUAGGCAUGUGGAUUUCCCAUUGAUUCUAGACUUAGCACCAUUUUGUGCUGCAUCUUGCAAGAACGUUAUGGAUGGUGCAAGAGUGCUGUACAGUCUUUAUGGAAUAGUGGAGCACAGUGGCUCAAUGAGAGGGGGUCAUUAUGCGGCAUAUGUGAAAGUCAGGACAUCCUCCAAGAAAUUGCUGGAGCAUAUUUCUACCACUAAAACUGUCCUGGGUUUGAAAGAAGCCAUGGGAGCAUCAGGAGGACAGUGGGUGUAUGUUAGUGAUGCCCAUGUUCAGAUGGUUCCAGAAUCAAGAGUACUAAAUGCACAAGCAUAUCUACUUUUUUAUGAAAGAUUAUUACUAUAAUUCUUAACAGUUUAAUUUCAAAGAAGGUAGUGUUAUUUAGUUUUUAUCUUAUUUAAAGCUGCAGUGGUAAGAGUACCUGUAAAUAUUGUGCCUUUAUCUUGUAGAGAAUUUAUCAUAUUUUGACUCUGAAGUUCAGUAAAACUAUUAUAAAUAUCUGAAUGAUUCUCCUAAAGUAUGCACUUUGCCAAACAUAUAAAAUUCCUGGGUUCAUUAAAAUGCAGUACCGUUAGAAUGUAAGAUGAUGUCCUAUCCUACUGAGGUCUAGGGAAAGUUUGUUUUUGAUUAUGAUAAAGAUAAGCUUUCGCCCAUAGUUCUAGAACAGUUGAGAAUAGAAAUACUGAUAGCGCUAAGUGCCUGGAUUUGCUGGUGUACAGUAACAAUACAAAGUGUUCAACUUCUUCUGAUCCAGUCCAGACCCUUCCUAUCACUGGGCUGGAUGUCAGCUGUUAAGAUUUCUGCAAACACGAGCCUGUCAAAUAUUGUCGCUUCCAUGUGUAGUAAUUGGAAAGCGGAGUCCUUCCAGAAUGGAGUGACAACAGCUGUCUCUGGGUAGUGCGUCAGUUCACUUUCCUGAUAAGAGCUGGGAAUAGAUUGGGAAAACAUGUCCUCUAAAUAGUGACAGUGAAUCCUCAGAUACCCAGUACCCUUUCAGUUGUCUCCAACUGGCACUGGUAUAGCAAUGUACUCCUGUUUCAAUAUAAAUAUGUACUUGGUGUGCAUAAGUAUAUCCUCUGAGAUAUAUACACACACCAUAAAUCCAUCAAUAGAUAUUGUCAUUUUACCUUCUAGGAAAGAGAAUUGCAAAUAAUUUCUGUAUUUAGUAAUUUUUCAACUUCACAAUUAUGACAAUGUACAGCAUAUAAGCUUGUGUAUGUACAGAGUUUAAGCAUAAUUCAGUAAAUUCUGUUACUUUUGGUUCCAAACAUGAACUUGUUUAUCUGUUCCUGAAUACUUUUCUCACAGGAGUAAUAAACUAUAAAUUAUUUUUGCACUGUG